GUCGGACACCACACUACUUGUACAAAUGAGAAUGUGGCCCAUUAUAUUUCUGGUCAUUGCAGCUGUCCAGGUUCACAUUCCCGUUGAGUGUCUGCCCCUGCCCCCUGGCAAGGGGGCAUCUGUAGAUGCCAAACUUCCUUCGAUUUCGUCAGUUCCCGGGCAGCAGAUGAAUCCACUCAACGCCGAGGACAUUACAGUAUUCACCAACAUGUUCCUAAGCCUAUUCAGAGGAAUAGGCGAUUGGCGGAAUCAGGUGGCCGCAGAAACCGUUCAGAGUGUGUGGCAGAGUCCACCCAUUGUGGGCCUCAGUCACCGACUCUUCGCCGCCUAGCAUUGGCUUUUUGUAAUGCGAUCCGCAACAGUUCUCGCUGAACAAACAAUAAAAACGA